GAAAGGUAGAAAAAUUAACUGACUUACGCUCCUAACAGAAGACAGACGACAAAAAUCCAGCGCACAGUUUGUGCUUUCAAGGUCAGAACAAGUUUGUUGUGAAGUCUCGAUAGACUACGAUGAAGGUUAUUGGCAGGGAACUGAAUAAAAACUCAUCUGGAUAUAUUACGCUAAUUGCAGAAAAUGAGGAGGACAUGUGGUUAACGUACAACUUAGUCCAGGUUGGAGAUAAAAUGAGAUGUUCUACGGUCAGAAAGGUCCAGAAUGAAUCUGCAACCGGUAGUGUGCAGACGAAGCAAGUGAGAACCAACCUAACAAUAGAGGUAGAAAAAAUUGACUUCGAUUUGCAGGGUUCAGUACUUCACUUGAAAGGCCGCAAUGUGGUAGAAAAUCAGUUUGUCAAAAUGGGCGCCUACCACACAUUAGACCUCAGGAUCGAUGAAAAGUUUACUAUCACUAAAACAGAAUGGGAUAGUGUUGCAAUUAUGCUUGUCGAACAGGCAUCUGACCCAACACAACAAGCUGAUCUUGCUGCAGUUAUCAUGCAUGAAGGCCUGGCUUAUGUUUGUUUGAUAACAAGUACAACAACUAUUGUUCGUGCGAAGAUUGAUACUACAAUUCCACGCAAACGUCCAGGUUUACCUACUACUCAGCACGAAAAGGGUCUGUCACGCUUUUUUGAACAAAUAAUGCAAGCAAUAGAGCGUCACAUUCGUUUCGACAUCGUCAAGUGUAUCAUAUUAGCCAGUCCUGGAUUUCUACGUGAACAAUUUUUUGAAUUUAUGAUCCAGACAGCAACAAGACAAGAGAAACGUGUAUUCUUAGAAAAUAAAUCAAAAUUUAUGCUUGUUCAUUCUUCAUCCGGUCAUAAACAUGCAUUGAAAGAAGUACUCACAGAUAGUGUUGUUAUGAGUAAACUAGUUAAUACAAAAGCAACAUCUGAAGUUACGGCAUUAAAUGACUUUUAUCAAAUGCUUAAAACAGAUCAAUCACGUGCAUUCUAUGGUUUCAAACAUGUUAAGACGGCUGCUGAUGCAUGCGCUAUUGAUACACUACUGAUAACUGAUGCAUUAUUCCGUUCACGUAAUUUAGAAGAAAGAAAACAAUAUGUGGAGUUAGUUGACCAAGUUAAAGAUAAUCAAGGCAUUGUACGCAUAUUUUCAAGCCUACAUGUUUCUGGUGAACAGCUUAACCAACUAUCAGGUGUAGCCGCAAUAUUGCGCUUCCCAAUACCUGAACCUGUGACAGAUGACGAGUCGAAUAGUUCCGAAGAUGACGAUAAUUAAUUAAUUAGUUCUUCUACUUAACUUUGUACUCAAUGAAUUUUUUUUCCAUAAGUAAACAUGUAUAUUGUGGUUUGUGUCUUUCUAUCAAUAUUAUUAUUCUGAUUUUCAUUUCCACUUGCCUCCUUUUUGACGUCCUCAUUCUUUGAGUUCGUUGUUAGUAUUAUUAUUUAUCUUCUUCACUCUUUAAUCGUCCUUUGUGCUGCUUUUACAUUGUUGCUGUGCUUAUAUGAUACCGUGCAACUUAAAAUCAGUAUCCAUUUGUGCCAAAUCCCAAGUUCUUUACUUUCAUUUGUCUCUCCUGUACAAAAUUAUAUUGAAGUGUUUGCUAUUUCUAUGGUAUCUUACUUAAAUUUAAAAAUGAUUUUGUAUUAUAUCUUCGGGGAUAAUCUUGACAUACGCAGGUGAAUUCGCUGGUCGGACUUACCAUUCCGGAUAGGAAGAAAAAUUAUGAAAUUUACGUCCCAACCUCCUCUGAAUGACAGUCGUUCCCCUUGUUUGGAAAUAACCCAGGUCUCCAAAGUCUUAUUGUACCAAACUAGCCAUCGUUUCAGCAAAUAAAACGUAGGACUUUGUAAAAAUGUGUGUCGGUCCAAGUUACCACACUACCAGUUGUAAAGUCACCAGGUCUAGUAAAAGUUCUAAGAUCCAUUAAUGUUUUUGGCUAUUUUUGACCAUCUUGUUGAUUUUGGACAGUGAUGAGGUAGCGAAAAUUCCCAUCUGGAUGGUGAAAAAGCAUCUGAAUCAGAGGUUCCUCCUGACUAUUUCUAAACACAUGAAACCCCAAAUAUUCAUGUACUAUUACUCAAAUGUUUAUAAAACCUUAAUUUGCCAGCCUUUUCGCCAAAAGAUUACUGUCUAUUAUAAGUGAAUUCAAAUAAGAGAUCAAAUACUCAGGAGUUGGGAGAAAAACGUGUUACCUUUAGAAGUAUGUCCAUGACAAUAUUUUCUACAAAGAAGGGAAAGUUAAUACCCGGCAAUGUAAUAGAUCCAAAUAUUAGUUGAGUACAAAAUCUAAUCGGACUACAAUUGUCCAAAUAAAUAGCCUUCAGCAGAAAUGAUGUGUGUGACUGGUAUGUCUUUCAAUGUCUCGCGACCAAUGGAUUUGAACGACUCCAGAUACAUGAAUAUAAUUACAGUCGAGCGGGAACUGGUCUAUCUGGGGAUCUGAUGCAGUAUAACGUUUCAAUCAAUGCACCUAUAAUCAUGGUUAUGUGUUUAGCCUUAUUGGGUCAAGUGUUUCUGCAUCCUAGUCAAGCGCCAGAUGAUUACGAAAUCUAGCACCUCAACGUCUACAUCAGUCGGGCCUACUCCUAUGCGGCGAUAUUUAUUUAAACGCAUAAACGUUGGUACAAGGGAUCAUCAGAUAUAUAUGCGCCACACUGUCAUUCGAUUUGUGCAUUAAUGAUAGUCAGAAAUUUAUAUUUGCCUGACUGCAACUUUCCUACGUGUCUCAGUAUUGAGACCUUUCGUAAUGUUUCAGCUCUUAGUUUGAGAGUGAGGUCAACAUACAGAUGGAGACCGAACGCAUCUGUACACUGGCCAAUGUCACUGAAAUUCAAAA